AUGGCACUAAGACCUUUGAAAAACAUUCUUGUUCUUUCAUUUGGAAUUUUGGUUUUGUACAUAGCCUACAUGGGACUAAUGACAUUACAGAGCAGUCUGAACCAUGAUGAGGGUCUCGGUGUCGCAUCUCUUAGUGUCAUGUAUGGAUCGCACACCUUAUCAUCGAUGUUUUUACCUGCAAUACUGAUGAAGAAAUUAGGCUUUAAAUGGACCAUUGCAUCAUGUAUGGUGUGCUAUAUCUCAUUUACGUUGGGAAACUUCUAUCCAAGCUGGCCAACAAUGAUCACAACUUCAAUACUUCUUGGAAUAGGAGGUGCGCCACUAUGGGCAGCAAAGAGUGCCUAUAUCACAGCCAUGGGAAACAAAUGUGCUGAGAUUGCUGGAAAAUCUGCCAAAGAUGUUGUUAAUCAGUAUUUUGGAAUAUUCUUUUUUAUUGUGCAAACUUGUCGAAUAUGGGGUAACCUCAUUUCAUCCCUAAUAUUCAACCUUACACCUGAUGCAGGGGAAUCACUGGAUGCUUUAAAUCAUUCUAUUUGUGGGGCAGGACACUGUCCAAUGGAAUUACUUAAAUCUGAAAAUAUCACAGGUCCACGUCCAUCAAGGGAUGUCCUCUACACCCUUCUCGGGGCUUACACAGGAUGUGGAAUAAUUGCCAUUCUGCUGAUUUCAAUAUUUCUUGAUAAAGUCAAUUCACAAAAAGAGGAGGCAGCACAAGAGAACUCCCAGUCCGUCUGUUCAAUGUUUUUUGCAACAUUCAAACAGCUCACAGAUAAGCGCCAGUGCCUGCUUAUCCCUCUCACUAUAUUUAGUGGCCUGGAACAGGGAUUCAUUACAGGAGACUACACUCGUGACUAUGUGACAUGUGCAAUUGGCAUCCGAAUGGUGGGCUUUGCAAUCAUUAGUUUUGGAGUACCUAAUGCCAUCUGCGCAGCUGUGUUUGGAAAACUUGCAGAAUAUACUGGUCGGAUUUCUCUCUUUAUACUAGGUGCUCUUAUACAUAUAGGCUGCGUCAUUGGCCUUUUGUUGUGGACACCACAUGCAGAUCAAAUUGUUUUAUUCUUUGUCUUCUCUGGUGUCUGGGGAAUAGCUGAUGCUGUCUGGCAAACUCAAGUCACCUCACUAUAUGGAGUUUUGUUUGAGGAAAACAAAGAAGCCGCGUUUGCCAAUUUCAGUCUCUGGGAAUCAGUUGGGUUUGUGAUCGCCUUUGGAUAUAGCAACGUCUUAUGUGUAUACAUGAAACUCUACAUACUCCUGUGUGUGGUUGUCCUAGGCAUUAUUAUGUAUGCUGUUGUAGAAUACAUGGAAUAUGUGAAAACAUCUGCACCUGUCAAAGAGGCACCAAAGGAAACUGAAACUCCAGAAGCGUAG